AUGUUCGAGAUGUUGAAGUCGAAUGUAGAACGACACGAUCAAGGUACUGAGAUCAAGUUCUGGUUCGUCCGGAAGCUUGCGCAGCGGUUGACGAAGCAGAAGUUCGCGUUCGUAUACUUAGCGCGGCGGUUCAGCACUCGAGAGCCGCAGCCGCAAUAUGGUGGCGUCGUCUGCGGACGUGGGAGUGAAUCCUUCCUAGUAAUGCAGGCCCGUCCUGCCGUGUCUGGCGGAAUGAACGGCUCCACCAUUGGUAUAGAGGUGCAUGAGGCGUUUCAGAGUGGCAAGAACAAAAUGAGGAGUGUAGAGACAUCUCGUCGCAAGUUGUAUCUGGGAUGCUUCGCAGCCUGA